AUGAGUGAAAAGGCAUCAUGCUUGAUACGAGUCUUACUUUUAAGACGUUCUUUGAUUACCCGCGUGCAUGCGGCACCAACGCACUCAAACGACAUCGACUACGAUGACAACGCCAGCAGGGGUGGCGGCAGCUUUGGCGGCGCACGCGGCAACCUAUUUCGCAGCAACACUAACCAAAUGGACUACAAUAUGUUAUUUUCACAUGUGAAGGACUUUUUCAUGUAUCUACCGGUGAUGAUGACCACGUUCAAGGAAUCAAUGGCGGGAUUUCCGAAAUUCGCUGAAGGCGUACGCAUAUUGACAUCGAAAAGUGGACGCAGAGAAGGUGCAGAUUGUAAUUGUGAAAAGAAUAGCAAUGAAAUUGAUAGCAGACAAUUUGGUUGACAGGUCCCGAUGAUAGCACGGAAAGAUGAGGCAUGUUGAUGAACUGAAGUGCAAAUGAUGAUUACCUGAUUGGUAAUGAAAUUAUGUGAAAUAAGCGCUCGCUGUACAAGGAAUUUAAAAAUGUGUUAAGUGCAAUUUAGUCAAGUUUAGAGUAGUUUUUUGUAAAUAUGUAGUCGUAAUUAAUUUAAUUAAAAGUGUAAAUAAUGAAAUUGCAAAACAGACAUUUUCGAACGAACGUAUGUAUGU